AUUCUAGUUUUUGGUUCGGCUUCGGAACGCGCGCCGUCGCCGACUCGCUCGCUCUGUAAGAAAGAGAAGUCUUUUAUAUAUCUCCUCUAUCACCUGCAUUUUGCCAAUAAUUUUGUUUCAUUCAGCUGAUUCAGACUUCUCACUUCAGUCAACUUCAGACGUUGAUGCGUAGUGGCUGUCGACAUUUUUAGUAGAGGAGAAUUCAAUAUUUUUCAUAAAGAUACGUUGUUGAUAUAAUAUUAUAAAAUAUCGCAAUGGCUGGAACGGAAAUGAUAUCUAAUAGUGAAAGUAAUGAUCAAUUUUUUGAAGGUGUCGAAAAAUUAAUUGAAAUUUGGUUUACGCCGGUAAAGCAUGCGGACUUAAGAAAAAUCACCCGACAACAAUGGGAAAAUGUAUUGAAGAUAGUCCGCUGCGAGAUUAUAUCUUUCACGCAGAGCGAGCAAGUCGACGCCUAUGUCCUGAGUGAGAGUAGCAUGUUCGUCUCCCGUCGUCGUUGGAUCCUCAAGACCUGCGGUAAAACAACACCGCUCCGCUGCGUGCGUGCUGUGCUGCAGCUGGCUCAGGAGACCGCAGGACACUCCCGCGUGCAGAACGUGUUCUAUUCGCGCAGGGAGUUCGCAAGACCUACUGCGCAACUGAAGCCGCAUGACAACUUUGAUUCGGAGGUUGAACUGCUGGACUCAUUCUUCGGUGACGGACGCGCGUACAUCAUGGGCCCGGAGAAGGAUUGCUGGUAUCUCUACACGCUUCUACCUCUGGAAGGUACAGUUGACGCUUUGGAGAAAGAGCAACAAAACGUCGGCAUCGGAUGCGAGUCUUUGGAGCCUGAUCAAACCAUCGAGAUCCUUAUGUCUGACCUGGAUCCCGCGGUCAUGGACAUCUUCACUAGAGCUGCCUCCGCGAACGCUGCUGAAGCCACCAGGGCGUCGGGCAUCGACAAACUGAUCCCGGGGAUGGUGAUCGACGAUUAUCUGUUCGAUCCUUGUGGAUAUUCCAUGAACGGAGUGGCUAAAGAUGGCUGCUACAUGACCAUCCACAUAACGCCCGAGCCGCAGUGCUCGUACGUGUCGUUCGAGUCCAACGUGUCGGCCGCCAGCUACGACGCGCUGCUGGCGCGCGUGCUGGCCGCCUUCCGCCCCAACAAGUUCAUCGUCACCGUCUUCGCCACGCCCAACUCCCCGGGCGCCGACGCGUCGCGCCAGCUGAAGAAGUUCUCGUCGCUCGGCACGUACUCGCAGAAGGACGCGCAGCACUGCCGCUUCUCCGGCUACGAGCUGCACUACGCGCUGUACUGCAAGUUCCCGAGCUGAGCCCGCC